CUUGCAACAAGGAAGCUCUAUGACCCAGUUGGCUGUGCGCUAUAAGAGUUGGGGCAGGUUGCGUCUAGUUAUUAUGAUUCAGAAGAUGAUCCUACUCUGUAGCACAAGAAUAAACUGGAAUGAAAAGAACGCAAUCUAUGGAGGAGGAAAGCGACACAGGUCUCUGCAGGGACUGUGGAGAGAAGAAAACCGGUGAUAUCACAUUUCACGCUUUGUAUUGCUACGACGUGUAUGUUGUGUCACCACCGUGUCCUCAGAACGGACGGCAACGCUAUAUCGAUGAUUACCUAGCUGAAAAUAUUGUAAAACCCCUGGAGCAGGCUGGAUUUAAUUGUUACCAUGGUAGCAGAAACAUGACUGGUGGAGACAUUAUCUUGUCGGCCUUCUUUAACCCCGUCACCAUUAUUCCUACAAUCAUUAUCCCAAUCUACAAGGAUCAAGAAUUUGCAUGUCACCGGAAUUUCCUGUUUCACCCACAGCUCUUCAAAAGAUUUGUGCUGCUUUUGUUUGAUUCCAGCAAACUGACUCCUCAUAAUCUUAUAGAAAGUUGCUAUUCACUGAAAGCAAAUGACUCAAACUUGUUGCCGAAAAUUAUAAAUACGAUACAUAGAAACUGCAAGAAUUUCUCCCUACAUCAAAGAAAAGCACUGUACGAGGAAAAGGAAAUAGAUAUAGAUUCUACAGUAUCCUCAUCUUCCUCUGAAGCUUUCCGACAAAAUCAUUUUUUGAGAUCAGACAACAUAAGAAGAUCGGUUAUGAUAAGAAACAUGGAGAGAACAUUAGGCUCUUAUGAGUCAUCAGUGUCCAGUGAAUCUGAAUUUCUUAGACGCAAUUUGAUCUGGCGAGCGGAUCACCUGAGAUCUCUCCAGCAAACACAGUGUGACGAGACUACAGUAGCAUCUGCUGAAUCAGACUUUCUGAGACCCAUGUCUUUGCGAUGUCUAAAAUCCAUGACAUCACCGGAUGAGUUGCUUAGAUACUGUGACUACUCGGAUGAAAAAGUCAGGUUAUUUGCUGCAAAAAUGCUGACUAAGCACAUCCAGAAGAACUUUACAACGUUUUCAAGGAAAACACAUUUGCAGAGAUUUGAAAAAAUCAUCAGGUCAGAGAUUGAGAAAGAAUACUCUGAAAACAAUGAGUUUGAGAAACUUUACUUUUUCAUAAUGGGAACAAUCUUCAUUCGAAUAUACAAAUGCAACGAUAGUGAACUCAAGUCUCAUAUGAAGUCUUUACCUGCUAUAAGAUACAAAGCAAGACCAGACGUAUUCGCCAAACUUCCCCAAAAAAAUUAUCAGGAACUCACAGACACACUUCUUGCUAAAAUAAAAAAGACCUGGUCUAAGCGCUGGGUCAGCAACGCACUUCGUAUAAAGAAGCUGGAGUUUUGCCUGUCCUUCCUGGAUCACAAAGGGGGCCAAGAUGUGAAUAGUGACAAUGUGCAGAAGCUGGAGACAUAUUUAACAGACCUCUCCUGGGAUUUAAGAUACAUAGUUCUGCUUACUUUAGCAGAAAAGAUGUGUGAGAAUAAUAUGAUGGGCUUCCUUGUGCUGUUAUUGGAUUACAUCUCUAGAUUCCAAACAACUAAAUACAAGGAGAUCCUACUUGAUGUGAUUGCUGCAGCUACUGAUCAUAUUCAGGAACAUUACACAACAGAUAAUGUGAGUAACUUUUUAAGUCUUGUUGAAGGAAGAUGGAAUUUGCUUCACAAAUUUUUAAAGAAGAGGAAAGAUCUGCUGAAAAAACUGAAGGCUUGUUUCCUAAAGCUUGUGUAUCACCCUUUAAGUGAUAUCCGGAAUAGUAUCGCUCUGUUGCUGUUUGUAAAAAAACGCAGUGGCUUUGAGGUUGGCACGCUGGGCAGUGCAUGCAUUACAGUUGAUAAAAACCUUGUUCAGAAAUGCAUCCGGGAAACACUUUCUAAUGACCACCCAGAUAUGUCUUUUAAAGGUGAAGUGCAAAUGUCUCAAAAUGCUUUUAUCUUUAAUGUGCAAACUCCGGAUGGUGAAGCCUUGGUCUAUGCACUUAAGCAAAAUACAUUAAAUCAUGUUCUGCAAACAAACUCUACAGAUGAUGCUCUACAGAGUUUUCAAGAAAUGCGUAAAGCAGUAGCGCUCUGCCAGGGCAGCGACUGUAUCGCCAAACUGCAGAACAUUCAUUCAAAUGGAACUCUUCCGUUUUUUGUGCUGGAACAUGGUCAACCAUUAUUACACUUUCUGCAUCAGAAACUUAACAGGCUCACUUGGGCACACGUCUUGGAUAUUCUCAUUGAUGUAACUAAAGCAGUUGACUACUGUCAUGAUAAGUCAGUUGUCUUACGUGACAUCACUCCAGACAGCUUUGUAGUGAUCCACAAAACCCAUGGAGGGUUUCAGAUAAAGCUCUCAGGCUUCCUAUAUGCUAAGCACCUCCAGCAAGAGGACUCGGCCAGUGAUGUGAGGAAUUACGUACAGGAUAAUAACAUACUCACAUACCAAGGUGAUAGUAAUGAGGCCAUUGCAGCAUAUUUCAGCGCUCCUGAGUCAUUUAAGAAUAAAACUUUCUCUUGGGACACAGAGGCUUGGAUGCUCGCUGCUACAAUCUAUUCCAUCCUGCUGUAUGGCAAGCAGCCGUUCCAAGACCUGGCACAUCUCAAUGUCGUCCAGUUUGUCAGUGAGAUUAUAUCAGGUCACACAGCAAAAAUUCCAGACUCCAUUCCACUGGAUUUGUGGAAAAUUGUGUCAGGGAGUCUGUCCCAUAAUCCUUCUAACCGCAUGUCAAUAAAGAGGUUGCUCAGGGAGCUAACGAAGUACAAAUCCACUCUGGGGAGAGGAAAAGAAGCAGUGCAUUGUGUGACACCGAUGUGUAAAUGCAAAGACAUCUAUCCUCAGGAUAUACUGCGGGGUUAUGCGGAUGUAAAUGGCAAAUUCAUAAAGGAAGAAAUAAAGGAAUUAACUGAAGGCAGCACUAUAACAGAUGCAUCUUUGCUGGAAAACAGUGUUUACGAGACGGUGUCAGUCACCAUGAGUCUGACUCUGCGCCGGCAGCUGAAAGCAUUACAUUGCAGUAGCUUAUUAAGGGUUGAGAAGAUCAUGAUGGAUUGUAACGUAACCAAACUUGUUUCCUAUCCCCUUGAUCAGGGCUUUCAUACAUUAGAUAGAAUCUCUGUCGGUACCAACUGGGACACGAUGAUGUUUUUCUUUGAAGAGAUAACAUCCGCUCUGCAAUAUCUACACAGGCAAGAUCUCCUUCACUGUGAUUUGCGCUGCAGCCAUAUCUACGUCAAUGAAGACCUGCGUAUCAUAAAAGUCUCCCAUCUUGGAAGAGCAGCGUCGCUGAGAGGCAGAAAGGACCAUCCCUACGUCUUCAAAACGAUGCCACAUGGAGCAGAUAAAUGGUCCGCUCCGGAGGUCAGAGUCAGUGGCAUGUAUUCCCAGGAGUCUGAUGUUUUUAGCCUGGCAGUCGUUAUAUGGGAAGCGAUCAGCACUCAGAGUAUCUCUAUCUACAGCAUUUAUCUCUUACCGCCAUUCGCUGAGUGCAGCAAUAAAAUGGAAUCAUAUGCAGAGUCCAUGAACCUGACAGAUGUGUCAGGAGAUUGUAUAUUUGAGCUAAGUAAAUGUCUGCAGAAAUGUCUCAACCCCAACCCAAGCAAGCGGCCCUCCCUGGACUACAUGUUGGGAGCCAUCCAGAAGCUGAGGCAACCAAACGGGAAUCCUACAGAAGAAUGUUCGGGUUACGAUGAAGUUACCUAUGAGACAGAUACAGAUGAAAGUAAAUAUGAGACCAUAGUAGAUUUCCCUAGUUCAGAAUUCUGUCUGCUUUAUGCUUGGAGAGAUGUUGUUUAUGAACUGGAAUCAGCAAACAAAGAAAAAACAAUUGCAACAGUUAGAGAUUAUGAAGACAUCUAUGGAGUGUACAACAUACCGGUUCAAAGAAAAAUACCCAAGAGGAAGGCGAGCAAACUUCUGUAACGCUAAUUGGCAUUGGCUGUGUCACAUUUAUUGUAAAAUAGUUUAUUUAUAUGAAGCACGGUGUGAACCUAUAGCCAAAAGAACUGCUAUAAACAUAGCUCACAAAGGGACAGUGUAAUCUGAUAUUCAACAUAAAGUUGUGAAAUAAACUGUGAUUUUUA